AUGGCAUCAACGCCGCCCCCGCCGCCAUCCGACCUGCCGACAUCGACGUCACCUCGAGGCGCUCACUCUCCKACCGCCAGCUUUUACGAUAUGUCUGACGAAGAAGAGCGCGAAUACAGUACCGUACGUCCGCGAAGGGCGACUUCACACAGCACACAGGGCGUGAAGCUGCUCUACUGCAAGAGCAAAGUCUACCAGCACCCGUCUCCAAGCGCACGCGAUAACAUACCUGGUGUUGUCGCGCUGUUGCAACAAAAACCACAAGAUGACGCUCCAGCUUCUCCCGGACCUAGCAGCUCACGACCACGAUCCGACCUGCUGUUGGCAUGGACACCCGAAAGCAGCAUAGGCAGCGCUGCCGAAACGUACGACAAAGUUGAAGCCGCUGCUUCCGACGAUGAUUCUGCGCCCAUGAAGACGCUUCUUGUCCCUCGACCCCCUGUUGUCACCACACACAGCUCCAGCCUGGGAACAUUCGCUUUUGCCAUCCCCAUCAGCGAUGUAUUUAGUAUCAUGGUUCGACCACCAUCCACUGGCUGGUGGUUCGGCAGCAUCAUCAUAAACUCCCGUGCAGGCGACAGCUUUCCGGCACUAUUCUUCCACGACUCUGAAUGUCAGUCGACAAUCGCGCAACGGAAGAAGCUGCAGCGGGAGAACUUCAGCAUCAGCAGUGACGGCGGAAGUAUGUUCUGGGGCGGAGAUCAGCUGUUGGAGUGGCUGAAGAAACAUGUUACGGUGGAGCGAAGCGUUCAGGAGCCGAAUGUGUACCUGAUCGAACCGAAUGACGCCGAUAAGCUGUCCUUUGGCAGUGGUGGCAAACCAACUCCUGACAAAGUGAGAAAUGUUCUUGAAGGAAAACACAAGGAUGACAAGUCACACAAGAACCAAGGUGAUCCCGUGCUUGGUGCCUUGAAGCAGGCGAGAUGGAGCUUCCUGGAGAAAAUGGCCCAGGUCACCACAUUUACAAGACGGACCGCGCAGGCGGUGGUGGAGAACAAAAACCUUCCUCCCCAAGUAAGGCGGCUUAUGCAAAAUCCACAAGUCCAGACUGUAUCAGACGAAUUCGAUUCAGCCAGGCUGUACCUGGCAAGAUGGGCWAUGGGCAUUGCUGAGUCGUCCGAGCGGGAACGAAAUCAGCGUAUUUGGACUGCAAAGGAUGUUCUGGAGAUGGAAGAGAGCGAGGUGGGCCAAUUUGAGAUUUUGGAUCUGGACGUGAAUGGCAUAAGUCUCGCCGACAAGAGGAAGCCGGUCACGCUUAAAGAAUGGAACGGCUUCUUCAACACUCGCACCGGGCAGCUUGAGAAGACUCCGGACGAAGUGAAGGAGCGCAUUUUUCAUGGCGGCCUAUCACCCGACGACGGUGUACGGAAAGAAGCAUGGCUGUUCCUCUUAGGUGUGUACGAGUGGGACAGCACAAAAGAGGAACGCCACGCCAAGAUGAACAGUCUCAGAGAUGAGUAUAUUCGACUCAAAGGCGCAUGGUGGGAACGUCUCGUUGAUGAGACAGGUACCUUGGAGGAGAGAGAGUGGUGGAAGGAGCAGAAGAUGCGCAUAGGUGAAGAUAUCCCCCACCCAGACCCAGAUUMACCCUUUGCGGAAAGCGGAACGAAUGUUCAUCUUGAACAAAUGAAGGACAUGCUGCUCACCUACAACGAGCACAACCGCGACCUGGGCUACGUGCAAGGCAUGUCUGAUCUCCUGGCCCCUAUUUACGCCAUUGAGCAAGACGAUGCUGUGGCAUUCUGGGGAUUCGCCAAGUUUAUGGAGCGCAUGGAAAGGAAUUUUCUUCGCGAUCAGAGUGGAAUGCGUCUACAACUCCUCACUCUUGACCAACUGGUGCAACUGCUGGACCCCAAACUAUACGAGCACCUCGCUAAAGUGGAUUCCACCAAUUUCUUCUUCUUCUUCCGAAUGCUGCUCGUCUGGUUCAAGCGCGAGUUCGAAUUUGAAGACAUUCUGAGGAUGUGGGAAGGUCUGUGGACCGACUACCUUUCGGCAAACUUCCACCUGUUCCUCGCCGCUGCUAUCUUGGAGAAACACAGGGAUGUCAUUAUGAACCAUCUGAAGGGGUUCGACGAGGUGCUGAAAUACGUCAACGAAUUGAGCGGGAGGAUCGAUCUGGCUUCGACGACUGUCAGAGCAGAGGCUCUCUUUCGACGUUUCCAGCGGGUCGUCGAGAAAAUCGACAAACAGGGGAACUUUCCUGCUGCGCCCGUUGUACGACAACGUUUACCGCAACCUCCAUCCACCCCGGAAAACUCCGGCCGGCUGAGGGUCGCGAGCAGUUCGAGCAACACCGGUGCGAGGCGGCCGUCUGGAAGUAUCGCUGAGACUUCCGGUGAUCGCACGUCUGUCGGCAAUGCAGCAGCUUCGUCAGAAGCGCCUGUACAAGUCAUAUCGCCCGAGCUUCGAUCCUUGCUCGGCCGAGAAGUGCCUAGACUCGAAAAGGAGGAGGUCCUUCAGCAUGGUGGGGGGGUUGGCAGCUGA